GACAUUGGCACUGAUUUAUAUCAAAGCUAUUUUCUGAUCUGACCUUUCACCCUUACAAUAACUCGAAAUCAAUCGAUUAAACAGAUUUAAUUUAGUCUGUUAAAAUGUGGGCUUCGUUACGGAUCACGUCACUUUUUAUAAUUUUAAACGGUUUGCUAUCCAUAGCAGCCGACGAAAAGACACCUAAAAUUGUUAUUGUUGGUGCUGGUGCUUCUGGAAUUUCUGCCGCUGUGAAGCUUCUUGAAAAUGGAUAUGAUGACAUUGUGGUGCUGGAAGCUGAAAAUCGUAUUGGCGGUAGGGUAUACAGCAUUCCAUUCGGUAAAGGUUUUGUAGAUUUAGGUGCACAAUGGUGUCAGGGUGAGAAAGGAAAUAUUGUAUACGAAAUGGUAAAGGAUGAUUUUGAAUUUGUGGACAAUGGAAUUGGAUCCGAUAAUUCACUUGUGUAUACUUCGGAUGGAAAACUAGUUGAUCAAAUAAAAUUUGCAAAGCUUAUGAAUUUAUCGAUGUCGAUUGCGGAAGGUCGUGAAAAUCAGGCAAAGUUCAACAAAUCGCUUGGCGAGUUCUUCGAACUCAAUUUUUGGAACGCAUUUAAGGAUAAAGAUUUUGAAGAUGUUGAUAAGGAAUUAGCAGAUCAGGUUAUAGAUCUAUGUGAAAGGGGAAUGAAUGCUCUGUAUUCUUCUGAGAGCUGGUUUGACGUGUCUUCCAAAUUCAUGUCAAGUAAUGGUGCAGAGGGCAACCAGCAGUUGACCUGGAAGGAACAUGGUUUCAAAAUUGUAUUUGAUUACUUAACGAAAAAACUUCCCGAUCCAUCAAAAGCUAUACCUGUCGAUGAUAAGAUUGAAUUGAACAAGGAAGUAACAAACAUCGACUGGAGUUCAAAUGAAGCUGUUAUCCGUUGUGCAGAUGGAACAGAAUAUCGAGCCGAUCACGUGAUUGUCACCGUCUCACUAGGUUUUCUAAAACAACAUCAUCGUACACUAUUCACCCCUCAAUUGCCUGAGAAGAAGAUAACUGCUAUCGAAACGACUGGAUAUGGAACAUUGGGAAAACUAUUUUUGGAAUUUGAAAAUCCAUUCUGGCCGGCGGACAUCAAGGAAUGGGCAUCAUACGUUUUUUUGUGGACGAAAGAAGACAAAGACAGCCUGAGAGGAACGGAAAGGGAAUGGCUGACAGAAGUAUAUGGAUUCGGCAAACAGAUCGCACAGCCUAACAUAAUUGGUGCAUAUACAGCCGGCAAGUUCAUAAAACAAUUCGAAGAAAUCAGUGACGAACAAUUGAUUGAUGAUUGUAUGUGGUUGUUGGAGAAGUUCCUCGGCAGAACAUUACCACGCCCGAUAAAUAUGCGACGAAAUCGUUGGAUGACCAGUAAAUAUUUCCUGGGAUCCUACUCUUACGGAUCAAUGGAAGCGCAAGCACACAACGUGAGUCUGCACAAAGACUUAGGAGAAACACUUUCUAGUAGCGGUAAUAAGCCGGUUUUGUUGAUCUCUGGUGAAGCGACCGAUGAAUUUAAUUCGGGAUAUGUGCAUGGAGCGGUCAUGUCGGGCUUUAGAACUGCUGACGAUAUUUUGGAUUACUACAAAUCAAAUCAGCACUGAGGCUAUUGCAUCUCUUGAAUGAAAAAGAUUUUCGAAUGAUUAGGAUAGAAU